UUUGGUUUGAUAUUAGAAAUAAAUUCAUAAUGAACAAGAAGGCCUUUGCAACCCUUAUUGCUUCAAAUAUUAUGGUGUCAACCACCUAUAUGAUCUUUGUUCCAUUCAUCCCCAUUGAGUUUGCUAAUUUUGAGAUUUCUGCUCCAACUUUGGGUUACAUCUACGCGACUUAUUCUCUAGUCAGCAUGGUGUUUUCCUUUUGAGUCAUCGCUCUCAUGCGCUGGUUUGGCAGAAAAUAGAGUCCUAUUGUACGGAAUAACGAUGUUUAUUAUGUGUAUGAUCACUUUUGCCAUCUGAGGCAAUCUCAAAUCGAAAACCACACUUAUUUGCUUUCUGUUUGGAAUUCGAAUCUUGCAAGGAGUCGCAGCAUGAAUGGUUUCAACUUCGACAUACGCAAUAAUUACUGUGUCUUUUGCAAGCCAGAAAAUGACUUACCUUGGCUACGGAGAAUCAGCCAAAGGAGCCGGAUCGGCAUUCGGACCUGUACUCGGUUCAAUUCUGUACACUCUAGUUGGAUUUCAAGGUACAUUUCUUAUAAUGGCUGGAAUGUUCAUAUGCAUGUUGUUCUUGUUGUUCUGGUUCAUUCCAAAUUCAAUAGAUGCCAAUGACUCGGAAGAAAAUGAAGGGCAAAUUUUAGUGGCACAUGACCAGGAAAGCAUUACCCCAAGUCCAGAAUUUUCAUAUAUCAAACUGUUUAUACAACCUCUGUUUUUUCUCACAUCAAUCUGAGCUUUUUGGUGUUUCUUUAAUUGUUGUUAUUAUGAAACAGUUUUGACAGUGAGGCUUGCAGAGUUCAAUCUCUCUAAAUUUGGUAUUGGUUUUAUAUUCAGUAUUCAUCCUGUUGCCUAUGUAAUAAUGAGUAUUUUCUCUUCUUUUUUCAUUGAAAACUAUGAUCCUAAACGGUUGAUUGUGUUUGGAAUGUUCUUUUGAGGGAGUUCUUUAUUUUUAAUGGGCCCAAGCACUUUUCUUCCUAACAGUUUGGUCCUAUUGGCAACAGGACACUUGAUCAUGGGAGCAACUGAAGUACUAUUUAUGCUUCCAAUACUGCCUGUUCUUAUUGAAGCUGGAGUAGCUAAAUACCCAAAUCAUAAGUAUUUAAUUUCAGAUAUUUCAUCCGGAGUGCUAAACUUUUAUUUAACACUUGGUCAAGGAUCUGCUCCAAUUUAUGGCAGCUAUGUUACUGAGUACUUUGGAUACAGAAAAUGUGCAACAUCAAUAGGUAUUUUAAUGAUUGGAUAUUCCCUAUCAUAUUAUAUCGCGUGCAGCAUUCUAUCAAAACCACGGGUAGAGAUAUUUGAUGAACUGUCAAGCGAAGAGCAAUUAAAAAAAUGAAAGAAAAUCUAAAAUUGUUCUCUUCAA